UUCUUUCGUCUGUCCGUCGGACUAAAGACAGGAGCGACACGCCGGAGGUCGCGUGGACAUCAAGACUGCAUGACAAUAACGGAGGAAUUCAACAAUUCGACGAGAACUGAAAUAACGGUUUGAAUUCGGCGUGGUUACCUGAGCUCACCGUCACGCGAGAGGGAUUCGCUUUAUGUUUCAUAACCGCCCGCGCUGCCCGGGCUGAAGAAAAAAAAAUCAAACCCACACACUAAAGGAUGCGGAUUUAACGGAAAAAAUACCGAGAGCUAUCGGGCUUUUUAAACGGGACGAAAACAGGAACACCUAUGUGAUCUGGACGAAACCAUUCCGCUUUGUCUUCGCCAUAGAGAAACGUUGAGAUUCGUUGGAUUUGAAAACACAGCCACGCCAUCGGGCAGCUGUUGAGUUUCCAGCUACGACCAUGAGUACCAUCUCACCCACUGAUUUCGACAGCGUGGAGAUCCAGCAGCAGUACAAUGACAUCAACAACCGCUGGGACAUCGCAGCCGAAACAGAAUGGGACAACGAGAACAGUUCUGCACGUCUGUUCGAGCGUUCUCGAAUCAAAGCACUCGCAGAUGAGAGAGAGGCAGUGCAGAAGAAGACCUUCACUAAAUGGGUAAACUCUCACCUGGGUCGUGUGACCUGCAGAAUCGGUGACCUCUACACUGACCUCCGCGAUGGACGCAUGCUCAUUCGACUGCUGGAGGUUCUCUCCGGGGAACAACUGCCAAAGCCCACCAAAGGCCGGAUGCGCAUCCACUGUCUUGAGAAUGUUGAUAAGGCUCUGCAGUUCCUGAAGGAGCAAAAAGUUCACCUGGAGAACAUGGGUUCACAUGACAUCGUUGAUGGGAACCACCGUCUCACACUCGGACUCAUCUGGACCAUAAUCCUCCGUUUCCAGAUCCAAGACAUUAGCGUUGAGACGGAGGACAACAAGGAGAAGAAAUCAGCCAAAGAUGCACUGCUGCUGUGGUGUCAGAUGAAGACUGCAGGGUACCCCAAUGUCAAUGUCCACAACUUCACCACUAGCUGGAGAGAUGGUCUCGCGUUCAAUGCUAUAGUGCACAAACACAGGUCGGACUUGAUUGACUUUGAUAAUCUCAAGCGCUCUAAUGCCCACUAUAACCUGCAAAAUGCCUUUAACGUGGCCGAGAAGGAGCUGGGUCUUACCAAGCUGCUGGAUCCAGAAGAUGUGAAUGUAGAUCAGCCUGAUGAGAAGUCCAUCAUCACAUAUGUGGCAACAUACUACCACUACUUCAGCAAGAUGAAGGCGCUCGCCGUUGAAGGAAAGAGGAUCGGCAAGGUGCUGGAUUAUGCUAUCGAGGCAGAUCAGCUGAUAGAGAAAUAUGAGACUCUGGCCUCAGAACUGCUGCAGUGGAUUGAACAAACCAUCGUCACCCUAAACGAUCGCCAGCUUGCUAACUCACUCAGUGCGGUUCAGAACCAGCUACAAGCCUUCAACACCUACCGCACUGUGGAGAAACCACCCAAAUUCACUGAGAAGGGCAAUUUGGAGGUUUUGCUCUUCACCAUUCAAAGUAAAAUGAGAGCAAACAAUCAGAAGGUGUACAUGCCAAGAGAGGGAAAACUUAUCUCUGACAUCAACAAGGCGUGGGAGAGGCUGGAGAAAGCAGAACACGAGAGAGAGUUGGCACUGAGAAACGAGCUGAUUCGUCAAGAGAAGCUGGAGAUGCUGGCCGCACGUUUUGAUCGCAAAGCAGCAAUGAGGGAAACCUGGCUCAGUGAAAACCAGCGGCUGGUUUCACAGGACAAUUUUGGUGUAGAACUGGGUGCUGUGGAGGCUGCCACUCGCAAACACGAGGCCAUCGAGACGGACAUCCAGGCAUAUGGUGAGCGUGUAGCUGCAGUAGAAGCUGUCGCUCGAGAACUGGAAGCAGAGGGAUAUCAUGAAGUGCGACGUGUGCUGGCGCGGAGGGAUAAUGUGCUCAGACUGUGGGAGUAUCUGAAGGAACUGCUUGCAGCACGACGAGAGAGGCUGAUGGCACACCGUGACCUGCAGCGCCUCCUACAGGAAUUGAGCUACAUCAUGGAAUGGAUGGAAGACAUGAAGAGUCGUCUGCAAUCUCAGGACAGUGGAAAACACCUUCAUGAUGUGGAAGACUUGCUCCAGAAGCACACGCUGGUGGAAGCUGAUAUAUCUGCACAGGCUGAGAGAGUCAAAGCUGUACAGGCCACUGCAAAGAGAUUUGCUACAAAUGAACAGAGUUACAAACCAUGUGACCCUGCACUGGUUGAAGAGAAAGUGGAUCUUCUGGGUCGAGCGUAUGGAGAACUGGGCCAGCUGGCUGCGGAUCGACGGGCUCGACUAGAUGACUCCCGAAGACUCUGGCAAUUCCUCUGGGAGCUGGGAGAAGAAGCCGCCUGGAUCCGAGAGCAGGAGCAGAUUAUCUCUGGAGGAGACUAUGGUAAAGAUCUGAGCUCCGCCCUUCACCUCCUGUCUAAACAUGAGGCUUUUCGGGAUGAGAUGGCAGCCCGGUAUGGCCCUCUGGGGAACAGCAUUGCUGGUGGAGAAGCCCUGGUGAAGGAAGGCCACGUUGGAGCACCUGAGGUGACUGAGAGGAUCAAGGACGUAAGAGCACAGUGGUCACACCUGGAGGAGGCCUCGCAGUUGCGAGAGCAGAGACUGAAUGAGUCUGUUGCUUUCCAUCAGUUCCAGACUGACGCCAACGACAUGGAGGCUUGGAUACUGGAAACACUAAGACAGGUGUCCAGUCAAGAAGUGGGCCAUGAUGAGUUUUCCACACAGACUCUGGCCAGAAAGCAGAGAGAAGUGGAAGAGGAGAUUCAAAGUCACCGAUCACUUAUUGACUCACUACAUGAACAGGGCUCAUUACUGCCUGAGGCAUACGCACAAUCCCCACAGGUGGAGGGCCGUCUCCCAGCAAUAGAGCAGCGCUAUGAGGAGUUAGAAGGGUUGUCGUCAUCAUGGCGACAGGCCUUGGAUGGAGCACUUGCAUUAUAUCGCAUGUUUAGUGAAGCUAGUGCCUGCCAACUGUGGGUUGGAGAAAAAGAGCAGUGGCUACACAACAUGGAGAUUCCCACCAAACUGGAGGAUCUGGAGGUGGUCCAGCAGAGAUUUGAUACUCUGGAGCCUGAGAUGAACACAUUGGGUGGACGCAUUUCUGAUGUCAAUCAAGUUGCCCAACAGCUGCUUGGGUCAGACAACCGCAGCAAAGACCAGAUUGACCAGACACAAAACCAACUCAAUAACAGGUGGUCUGAUUUCCAGAGUCUGGCCAACCAGCGUAAACAAGCUCUAGAAUCGGCUCUAAAUAUCCAGAACUACCAUCUAGAAUGUAAUGAGAUCAAGAGCUGGAUGAAGGAGAAGACCAAGGUCAUCGAGUCCACACAGAGCCUUGGAAAUGACCUGGCUGGAGUUAUGGCCCUGCAGCGCAAGCUCACUGGAAUGGAGAGAGACCUGGAGGCCAUACAGGGUAAGUUGGACGACCUGCAUUCGGAAGCCAAAAAGUUGGUAUCCGAGCAUCCCGAGCAGGAGGAGGAGAUCAAGGGUCAGCUUGCUGAGAUCCAGGAGGUGUGGGAGGAACUUCGUGCCACCAUGAAACGGCGCGAGGAGUCUUUGGGUGAAGCUUCCAAGCUUCAGGGCUUCCUCCGAGAUCUUGAUGACUUUCAGGCCUGGCUGUCUCGUACACAGACCACCGUGGCAUCCGAGGACACACCGACCUCUCUGGCGGAAGCGGAGCGUCUGCUGGCUCAACAUGAGGCCAUAAAGAAUGAAGUGGAUAAUUAUAAAGAAGAUUAUGAGAAGAUGAGAGCUACUGGAGCUGAGGUGACUCAGGGUCAGACAGACGCCCAGCACAUGUUCCUAGCCCAGAGGCUGCAAGCGCUGGACACCGGCUGGCAUGAGCUGAGGAGAAUGUGGGAGAGCCGCCACUGUGUCCUCGCUCAGGCCUUUGAUUUCCAAACCCUGCUGCGAGAUGCAAAACAGGCAGAGGGCUUCCUUAACAGCCAGGAGUAUGUUCUGUCACAUACAGAGAUGCCAUCCAGCCUGCAAGGGGCUGAGGAGGCCAUCAAGAAACAUGAGGAUUUCCUCACUACAAUGGAGGCCAGCGAAGAAAAGAUCAACGGUGUGGUAGAGUCUGGACGGAGACUUGUAUCUGAUGGCAACACCUAUGCAGACAAGAUCCAGGAGAAGACUGACUCUAUUCAGGAAAGGCACCAAAAGAAUAAACAAGCUGCCAACGAGCUGCUGGCUAAACUGAAGGAUAACAGAGAGCUGCAGCAUUUCCUGCAGGAUGGACAAGAGCUUACAUUGUGGAUAAACGAGAAGAUGCUGACUGCUCAGGAUAUGUCCUAUGAUGAAGCCAGAAACCUCCACAGCAAGUGGCAGAAGCACCAGGCAUUCAUGGCUGAGCUGGCCUCCAAUAAAGACUGGCUGGACAAGAUCGACAAGGAGGGUCAGGUGUUAGUGAAGGAGAAGCCUGAGUUGGAGCAGACGGUAUCAGAGACUCUGAGCGGUCUGCAGAAGCAGUGGGUAGAGCUGGAGAACACCACCCAAGCCAAAGCUCAGUGUCUGUUUGACGCUAACCGAGCGGAGCUGUUCACACAGAGCUGCUCAGCGCUGGACUCCUGGCUCCAGAAUAUCUCCUCUCAACUCCAGAGCGAUGACUUUGGAAAAGAUCUCACCAGUGUCAACAUCCUGCUUAAAAAACACCAGAUGCUGGAGCAUCAGAUGGAUGUGCGUGAGAAAGAAGUCCAGUCGCUGCAGUCACAGGCUCUGGCCUUGGCCCAAGAAGAUUCUGGGAUAGUGGAGGUGGAUGGGGAGCAGAGAAGAGUGACAGACAGAUUUUCUCAGCUGCAGGACCCUCUGAAACAGCGAAGGCAGCAUCUUCUGGCUUCAAAAGAGGCUCAUCAGUUCAACAGAGAUCUUGAGGAUGAGAUUUUGUGGGUGAAGGAGAGGAUGCCCCUUGCCACGUCUACAGACCAUGGUAAAGAUCUGCCCAGUGUUCAGCUGCUCAUGAAAAAGAAUCAGACUCUGCAGAAGGAGAUUCAAGGUCACCAGCCUCGUAUCGAUGACAUCCAGGCUCACGGUACGAAUAUGUCCCCUGGAAAAGAGUCUGAGAUGGACAGGGAGAGGAGAGCUGCUCUUGAUGGCCGUCUGGCGGAGCUGAGGGAAUUGUGGGCCCUUUUGAUUUCUGAGACGGAGCAGAGGAACGUGAGGCUAGCUGAGGCUAACAGAGCGCAGCAGUUUUACACAGAUGCCGCAGAGGCGGAGGCUUGGAUGGGAGAACAAGAGCUUCAUAUGAUGUCAGAGGAGAAAGCGAAGGAUGAGCAGAGUGCUCUGGUGAUGGUGAAGAAACACCAGAUUCUGGAGCAGGCUCUUGAGGACUACGCUCAGACCAUCCACCAGCUGGCCAACAGCAGCAGACUCAUGGUCAACAGCGAACACCCGGAGAGUGAAAGGAUCACUCUGAGGCAGGCCCAGGUGGAUAAACUGUACGCAGGGUUGAAGGAUCUAGCCGAGGAGAGGAGGGGUAAACUGCAGGAGAGACUGAGAUUGACCCAGCUGAAGAGAGAGGUGGAUGAUUUAGAGCAGUGGAUCGCCGAAAGAGAGGUCGUCGCCGGAUCUCAUGAACUUGGACAAGACUACGAACAUGUCACGAUGUUGCGUGACAAGUUCCGGGAGUUUGCGCGAGACACCAGCACAAUUGGCCAGGAGCGUGUAGAUGCAGUAAAUGCUCAGGCAGAUGAACUUAUCGAGUCGGGUCAUCCUGAAAACGCCAGCGUGGCUGAGUGGAAGGAUGGACUCAAUGAGGCCUGGGCUGACCUGCUGGAGCUCAUCGACACACGCACACAGAUGCUGGCCGCCUCGUAUGAGCUGCACCGCUUCCAUCAGGACGCCCGGGAAGCUCUGGGACUCAUACGAGAGAAGAAGGAGACGCUAGCUGGGGCUGAACUCGGACGGGACCUGAAUACCGUCCAGCACUUUCUCAGACAGCAUACAGCCUAUGAGCAUGAUGUGCAGGCGCUCAGUGGGCAGGUCACACAGGUGCAGGACGAUGCUGCACGUCUGCAGAAAGCAUACGCCGGAGAGAAAGCAGAUGAUAUUCAUCGGCAUGAGCGUGCAGUCACAGAAGCCUGGGAGGGACUUCAGUCUGCCACUCAAGCCAGGCGGCUGCUCCUAUUGGACACGGUGGAGAAGUUCAGAUUUAACAUGGUUCGAGACCUCAUGCUGUGGAUGGAAGGAAUCAACUUACAGAUCCAGUCACAUGACAGUCCGAGGGAUGUCUCCUCAGCUGGUCUGGUCAUCGCCAACCAUCAGGACAUCAAGUCAGAGAUAGAGACUAGAGCAGACAGCUUCACUGCUUGCAGUGAUGGACGCACACUCAUCAACAACAAUCACUAUGCUUCAGAUGAGAUUCAAGAAAAGUUAGACCAGCUUCAGGCCAAACGCACUGAAAUUAACCAGAAGUGGCAAGAAAAAAUGGAGCACUUACAGAUUGUUCUGGAGGUUUUGCAGUUCGGCAGAGAUGCAUCUAUGGCUGAGUCAUGGCUGGCUGGGCAGGAGCCGCUGGUCAGGGCAGCAGAACUGGGCUCUAACGUAGAUGAGGUUGCGAGUCUCAUCAAACGCCACGAAGCCUUUGAAAAACUGGCAGCAGGCUGGGAAGAUCGAUUCUCGCAGCUAGAGAAGCUCACCACGCUGGAGGAGCAGGAAAUUCAAAGACGAAGGGAAGAGGAAGAGAGGGCCCGACGGCCACCCACACCUCCCCCUGUGGAGGAAGUAGUACAGUCUGAGAUUAAUGACUCUGCUGCAAGGACGAGUCUGGACCAGACUACAUUGAACCAGUCUGUAUCUGUCAAUGGUGUCUACAGCGACCAGGACACGUCACAGUCAUUAUCGGUCUCUGUAUCUGAACUCAAGAAAGCCGAACCUAAACCUCAGUCUAACCCAGUUUCUAAGCCUGUGGCUAAACCCCACAAGGCACAGGAGCGUGGAUCGGAGUCAGAAUCUGUUAACGGUCCAGGCCGUGACAGUGGUCUUGACUCAGCAUCACGGCAAGACCCUUCAGCAACACUGCCAGGGCGAGGAGGAGCAGAGGGGACCACAGAAGCUAUGGAGGGCAUCCUAUGCAGGAAACAGGAAAUGGAAGCGCACAACAAAAAAUCAGCUAACAGAUCGUGGCAGAAUGUAUAUUGCGUUUUACGUAAAGGCAGCCUGGGCUUCUAUAAGGACAACAAGAGUGCCUCGAACGGAAUCCCCUACCAUGGUGAAGUUCCCAUCAGCCUCGGUGAGGCUGUCUGUGAGGUUGCCCAUGACUAUAAGAAAAGGAAACACGUAUUUAAACUUAGGCUUGGGGAUGGAAAAGAGUACUUGUUCCAAGCGAAGGAUGAGGCUGAGAUGAGUUCAUGGAUUCGAGCCAUCCAGUCCUCCAUGUCAUCCAGCGAGCGUUCGCCAGGUGCCUCCCGAGGUCUGAGUCGAGCAAUGACCAUGCCGCCCAUGUCUCCCAGCUCAGGCGAGGCUGGAGGAGUGACCAUGCGCAACAAAGACGGCAAAGAGAGAGACCGCGAGAAGCGCUUCAGUUUCUUCGGCAAGAAGAAAUAGGCACCCAAAAAACGCCACAGAUCUCCAAAGUGAGCCAAGCAGGAGUUGGAAGUUUGUCAACACUCAAGAGAAACUGAUAGUUCGAAAAGGCAAAGAAAACUUUCCAUUGAUACAUUUUUUUGUUGUUGUUUUGCCCUAUCUCUUUCUUCCACUCAUUUUUAAAAACUGCGUCAUUUUACCUGUGGAUCUUAAUCAAUCUCACCUCCUAGAUUGAACACCACAUUUGGCCAGACGUUGAGCUCUGAGCCCACAGAAUGGCGUUUCUGAUCGAGACCAAGAGCCACCCUGAAAGAUCAGCUCAUACCCUUCAAUUUGACUAGUUUGCUUUUAACUUUUCCCCUUAGAAAUCAUUUUAUCUGUGGGUUAGAUGGCGUAUCCAUGCUGUAAUGACCAAGAGUGCUUUUUGUCUUCCCCACUCUCCCCCCCACCAUCAUGAUUUCCUUUUCUUGUCUUAAAUUCCAGCCUCUCGCUUUCUUUGUGAAGGACCGCAGUCCGUUUUUUUAAACUAUAGGUUUAAUUGCAUUUUUUUGCUGUUGGAAUUUUGAGUCAAUUUAAAGUCGAAUAUUUAAAGAAAAUGUAAGUAUUGUUGGUAUAAAUUAAUGUUCAGAGAGGACAAAACAGAAAGAAGCCCAUAAGCCUGAGGUGGGAGUUCAUGCUGGUCUUUUUCCUUUCAUCUACAUGCUUUUCUGACAGACAGAUUUUUUUUCCUUUGCGUUUUGUUUUUCUAUAUUUGACUGUUGAAUGCUUUAUCUUUACUUUUUUUUCGAAAAAGUUUUUCGACUUAGUUUAAGAAAAGAGUUCAAAAGAAUAUUUAUGGUGGUUUUAUUUUUUAUCUUCUAUCUCUCUUUCUUUCAUUCCUGUUAGGAGAUUUUUGAGUAUGCAUUCUUAUUGUGUGGCUUAUUUCUUUAGUUCAUCAAGUUCCUUUCACUACUUUAUCUUGUUCUGUUCUUAGACCAGGAAAAAAAAAACAAGUGUUUGUUGUGAAGAUUGAAAUUGAGGUGUGAUGCUGUGGUUUGACCUUUUAGUUUUAUAAUUGCUCAAAAGCAAACAGACACAACACAAGAAUCGCUUGCACAAGCCAAACAUUAAACUCGUGUUCAAAAAUAAUUUGAGGAUGAACAGAAAUAUCUUUGCUUUCUUGUAACUUUAAUUUGAAGAUGUAAUUGACCAAGUUUCCUAUUGGAAUGUAUUCUCAGGCUUCAGAUUUCCCAUUCACACACCUGCAGGCACGCGGGCAUGUUUCCCUCGCUCCUAACUCUAAAUAUUUUACAGGGACGAACCUCUGUCUUGACAGCUGAAGUUGGGAUUAGAGUCAGUGAUGCUUCUUGAGGUUGAUGCUGUAUUUUUAGGAGUGUGUGUGUGUGAGAGUGUGUGCGCACGUGUGUGUGUUCUCAGAAGAAGUUGCUUUCAGGUAUAUCGGUUGUGAAUGUGCUUCAACUCUGAAUGAAAUUACUGAGGUAUUCUUAAUGUGGACCAAAUCAGCCGUUAUCCCCCCCACUCAUGGUGAUUGAGAUAAUUUGUUUCCUUUAUGUGUACAUCACAAGUAAAUUAUCUUCCUUGGAGGAAUGUGAAAUUUUUACUGCAUACUUCUAUAAUUGUAGUUCUAUACUUGCAGUCAGCAGGCGAUAACAAAUUCCUGUCCCACAAGUAGACACAGAGGCAGACUCAAUGGCAACCUAGCAGACAUGAUUUCAGAUAUAGUUUUGCAGUUAAACGCAUGAUGUAUUGGUAACAAGUGUACCCACUGUGGCAUGAAAUCAGUAUUUUUGUAGGAUAAAGAUUUUUUCAGCCUCAUACGAUUGUCAGAAAGCUUGCCUUGGUGUGAUAAUAUUAGCGUGAGUUUUUCUUUUUCAUUUGACGUCAUACAAUGAAGCCCCUUCCUCUGAGGUGUGUGGAGUAUUGAGCCAUGUCCACUCUAAUGUCAUUCAUCUCUGCAUUUCCUUUUAUGGGGCAACAUGAAGACGUAGAAAACCGAAAGUUGAAUUAAAAUUUUUUUUUCUUUAUCAUUGCUGUGAUGUUUGAUGUGAAGGAAACUGAUGCAGACUCUCUACCAAACCCUGUCCAGCCCACAAAACGACAGCCUUUCUGGAUUUCAGCGAUUGGACAAUGUCACUGAAACUUAUGAAUAUUUAGGAGCUCAUUCGCUGGACCGCCAGCCUGAUGUUCUCCAUCCUAAUGGAUAUAAACACUGCGAAAGGAUGAUCUAGUUGUAGGCCAGUGCUUCAGAAUACUGUCAAAAACAGCUGUAUAAUGAUUCAUUUACUCUUCGCCUACACGUACAGUUUGGGACUGUGUGCUAAACUGCUUCCAGAGAUUGUGUUGCAUUAUUGGAUUUGCAAUCUUUCAAGUUUGUGCUGUUUAUUUUAAUUCGAGUUGCUCAAUAUAAGAGCAACGUUUGCUUUCUCUCACAUUUUUACUCUUUCUAGUGUGCUUUUUAACCCAGUUUUGCUUUGAUGGUCAGUUACAUUACAGCAUCUAGGUAAUUGAGUCUGUGUAAAUUUCAGUGCACUGGUGAGGAAAUUAUAGGGAAAUUGAAUCUAGUUUUAUUGCAAUACAGUGAAUUCAGUUGGGGGAAACUCCUCCCGGUAAAUGUGAGCGUGUGAGUACUGAUCUUUUUUUUUUUUUUUUUUUCUUCAUUUCUUCAUCCAAUAGUAGUAUAUUUGACAACAUUUUAAUGCGUCUUAAAAAAGAAUCCCACCAAGCCCAUGAAAACGGCCAUUUAUUAAAGAAUGUUGAUCCCAUUCAUGAUUUUAAACCUCGGUUGUUAAUAUCACUACUAUUAUCUGUUGUUAUUAUUGUUAUUAUUAUAUAAAAGUCAUUAUUAAUAUUACUAUUAUCAUUAUUAAUACUACUACUGUUGCAACUGCACCUCGUGUAAAACUGCAGCCUAUUCCUGCUGAGUUUCUCGUCUGUAAUACCAAACCCCGCCACUUGGGGGCAAGUGUGCUGUGGAGCAUUUUUCAUUACUGAUCUAAACAAGAAAGACUUGUUUGUUGACUUGUGUAUCUACAUCUAAUAUUAGGAAUAAAAACAUGAUUUGAAAAGAAACAAA